GUUUUCUAUUCAACUGCGACGUAAUUUUUACUCCCGUUUAAACGUAUAAAUGUACUUGUGUUUUAAUGGCUAGGCCUCGUCUUUCUAGAUUCAACGUUAUUCUGCAAUAACUGAAGGACAUUGUGCACACAUACAUUUGUUCACGGAUAAAUUUACACUGUGACGAAAAUAAUUCAUCACCAGAAACUGUAAUAUUCUUUAUUGUUGUCACAUCAAAUUUAAAUGUUUCUGCCUUUUACAAGUUGAAGUGUUGAAGUUGUCGAAUGUUUGCCAAGUUGUAAAUUGGACAAUUCCAUCAUUGCAUUUUGUAUACUUAUCGGCAUAAUUUAAUAAUGGACAGUAGCAUAAUUUCUAGUUAGAUGCAGUGUAAAUCCUCGCUGUACGCUAUAUAUAUUUAGAGAAAAAAAUAAUGUCAUGGCUAGUUAUAUACCUUGUAAACCCUUCUACUUCUAUACAAAUUUAGAGAAAAAAUUAUGUCAUUGUUAAGUAAAUAUAACAUGCUUUACAAGUUGUUAAGGACGCCAUUCAUUAUUAUUAUUUAUAUAACGUUGUGCAUCCCUAAGCAAGCGACAAUGCCAUUAAUACAAGAUAUAUAUAUACAUUUGUUGAUAAUGUAUGUAGUGUCACUACAUUGGUGAUUAUUGAAGAGUUUGUAUCUGAUUUUUUUGACAGGUAAGUAUGUGGUAGGGGUGUGUUUGUGUGACAUGUAAGUUUGUGGUAGUGGUGUAUGUGAGAGGUAAUUAUGUGGUAGUGGUUUGUGUAACAGGUAAGUUUGUGGUAGUGGUGUGUGAGUGUGUGUGUGUGACAGGUCAGUAUGUGGUAUUGGUUUGUGUAGCAGGUAAGUUUUUUUCUGGUAAAGGUGUGAUUGACAUGUAAGUUCGUGGCGGUGAGUGUGUGACAUGUAAUGUUGCGUUAGUUUUGUUGGGGGGGGGGGCGGGGAGAUUAGAUCUUGGUUUUGGUGUGUGAAACAUCUGAGUAAAUAUGACUUGAUUGAAACUAAUCAUUUUGCUGUAUUAUGAGUGUGGGAGGCAGGUGACCGUAAUUGUGAGCUUGUUUAAGGGGCUUUGACGAAUAAGAUUGAAGUGAAAGCGGGCGGGUCAGUUAAGAUGGACAGCUUUGGGUUAAGCCCUUUGGGACAGGUCAGUUAUGCGGGACGAGUUUGGGUUAAGCCCUUUGGGACAGGUCAGUUAUGUGGGACAGCUUUGGGUUAAGUCCUUUUGGACAGGUCAGUCAGGUGGGACCGGUUUGUAGUAAGCAUUGGAGACAGGUCAGUUAUGUGGGAUCAGUUUGUAGUAAGCGUUGGACACAGGUCAGUUAUGUGGGACCGGUUUGUAGUAAGCGUUGGAGACAGGUUAGUUAUGUGGGACCGGUUUGUAGUAAGCGUUGGAGACAGGUCAGUUAUGUGGGACAGGUUUAAGAAAUUGUGUUUGUGUGACGGCCGCGAGACAAGAACGCUCCGUGGUGUCAGUAAUGUCUUACUGUGAACUUUUCUUGUGCUCCCUAAUUCGUUAAUAUCCACGAUAUUAAUGGCUGCCUGGACGUCAACAAUGUGCGGACAUGUCAUGAAACGCACACAGCAAUGACUCUGACAACCUUUUAUCUUGGUCUUUAUAGAAGGGAAGUAAGCCUCUGAAUUUUCAACACUGCCAAUAAAAAGAGUGGUCUACCCUGACAUGACACUGAACGCAGUAAAUCUUGCAGCCUGCACGGUGCUGAUGUGCAUUAUACAACUGGGUAAGUCUAACUUAACAAACGUGUACAUUUGUCUAAAUUAUAACACUGUAUUCAGCACACGGAUCAAUAAUUGCUUAAAGGAAAUACUUCAAUAUUUUAACAUAACAAGCACAUCAGUACGACACACGCAUGAAGUGUGCAUAAAUCGUUGAUAAAAUAAGAAUUCAUCAUUAAAAAAAAAAAAAAAAAUCAAAAAAAAAAUUUAAAAAAUCAUACUGUGUAAAUUAUUAAGCCCCUAUAUUUUUUAAGGAAAUACUUAAAUAUUUUAACAAAACAAGCACAUCAGUACGAAACACGCAUGAAGUGUGCAUAAAUCGUUGAUAAAAUAAGAAUUCAUCAUUAAAAAAAAAAAAAAAUCAAAAAAAAAAUUUAAAAAAUCAUACUGUGUAAAUUAUUAAGCCCCUAUAUUUUUUUAUGAAAGUAAAAGCAAUUCGGAGUUCGGUAUUGUCACUUAUGAGACAGCACUUAGGCUUCUAUGCGGUAUUUUGUUAAUCUUACGUCAUCAGAGACAAUGGUUCCUAAUUUGAUGUUACUGUCCACGCACCGUAUCCCGGCUUGUGUGCAUGUGCUGUGUGGCCUCAGAGGAUUUGAAUAAGUGUGUUCAGAGGAUUUAAAGUGGGAUCAGAGGAUUUAAGGUGGGUUCAGAGGAUUUGAAGUGGUUUCAGAAGAUUUGAAGUGGGUUCAGAGGAUUUGAAGUGGGUUCAGAGGAUUUGAAGUGGUUUCAGAAGAUUUGAAGUGGGAUCAGAGGAUUUAAAGUGGGUUCAGAUGAUCUGAAGUGGUUUCAGAAGAUUUGAAGUGGGUUCAGAGGGUUUGAAGUGGGUUCAGAGGAUUUGAAGUGGUUUCAGAAGAUUUGAAGUGGGAUCAGAGGAUUUAAAGUGGGUUCAGAUGAUCUGAAGUGGGUUCAGAGGAUUUAAAGUGGAUUAGAGGAUUUAAGGUGGGUUCAGAUGAUCUGAAGUGGGUUCAGAGGAUUUGAAGUGGGUUCAGAGUAUUUGAAGUGGGUUCAUAGGAUUUAAAGUGGGUUCAGAGGAUUUAAAGUGGGUUCAGAGGAUUUAAAGUGGGGUUCAGAGGAUUUAAAGUGGGUUCAGAAGAUCUGAUAUGUUUAGAAGAUUUGAAGUAGGUUCAAAGGAUUCGAAGAGCGCCCGGUGACGUGAGGACCAUUCUCUGCUUUCGGUAAAGGAACCUCGCUCUGUCAACUGGGUCCCUUUCGCUCAGUCGUGUACAAUCUUCUCAUAAUUUUUUUUUUCCCUUCAGCUGCUGUUUCUGACUCCACUGCACUUGUCCCUGGUAUAGAUAAUCACGUCUUUCGUGCUUAGUUCUUUGCACCCGCAAUGUAAAAAUGAGUAUGAUGGCAAUAGCAGGAAUUGAGAGGGAAAAAAUUAUUCAGGUGGAAAGUUCUUUAUUUGUGUUAUUGGUUUUCCAGUUGGUCGGGUUAGUUUAUGAGUCGACAAUGCUCUCCUUGGGCAGUUGCAGUUUUGAAAGAUCUUUUCCAAAUGUGAUAUCAACUCUGCCAUUCUUUAUUAUGUACAUUUCAUUGACCUGGCCUACUCCUGGCUAAUUACUGCCUGACUCAUGUCCAACUCCUGCCUUACCGGAUUAAAAAAAAAUAAUAAUAAAAUGUCCUCCUGCUUAAACAAAGGGGCAUAACUAAAUUUUUGAACUUUAGUUUUAAAAAAAUGAAGACUUAUAAUUUCUAACAAACAUCGUCAUUGUAAUUUAAAUUUGUGUUUUAAAAGAAUGAAAGAAAUGAUAUAAUUAUGACACAAAAUAAGGUUAUUUGGACAAUUGAAUUAUGACAUCUGAUUUAACUAUCGCUGCAUUCUCAGAAAAAAAUGAACCGACAAUCACCAUAGUAACAGCCGGUAUUAUCUACCAAUGUUAAGCAGUAUUGAGUUUUAUAUUCUGUUUGUGGAUAUACAGUGGAACCUCUCAUAACGAGCACCUCUCAUAACGAGUAAUUCGCAUAACGAGCAAAAAGAAAAGAUGUGAAGAAAUUGCUCCUUUAACGAGCGACAUUUCGCAGAACGAGUUACUUUUCCCAAAUUUAUUUGUGAGCCGGGACUUCCGCGCCGAUGCAUUAGUCUGUGUUUAGCACUCGGUCUGUUAACGUAUUGUUUUCUUGUGUGAUCACCAGUUUUUAAAAAAAAUUGUAUUCACACUCCAGACUCGUAAUUUUUUUUUUAUGUGCAAAGUGUAAUGACCUGUGCUAAAAUGUUUUCGAAGAAAAAACCACAAGAAGACAAUCAUAAGAGAGAAAAAUAACUGUUGAAAUGAAACGUAAAAUCAUUUAAAAACGAGAACAAGGUGUGAGCGUGGCUAAUCUAGCGCGCACAUACAAUCGGUCAACAUCAACGGUCUGCACUAUUCUUAAGAAGAAAAACAAAAUUAAAGGAGAUGGAUGCUUCAAAGGGAAACUGUUGCAUCGUACAAUUGAGAAGCAUCACCCUAAUAAGGAGGUGGCUAGUCGUGCUACAAUUUUAUUCAAUGAUAAUGCUGUGAAACAUUUUCGUAAAAUUUUGAAGUGUCGGCAAAAACACAUUGCUUUAGACAGUUUUCUAGUUAAAAAGGAUUAAUUAUUUGUCAUAAAUUCAUAUUUUAUUUACGUUUUUUGUUUCAAAUCUAAAUUGUAUUCCAAGUUGUUACACUCCUUAACAAUUCAUAAGUAAUUUUAUUUCAAUAAAUGUUAAUAAUAAUUUUUGAAAAUUUAUUACUUUUUCAGAAUGGAACGUAUUAUCGUAUUUUAAAUUGAUUUGUACGGGAAAAAAUUGUUUCGUUUAGCUAGUGUUUCGCUUAACGCGUAAGAUUCUGGAACGAAUUAUGUUCGUUAUGAGAGGUUCCACUGUAUAUUAAACUACUAAUAUAUAUAUAUAUAUAUAUAUAUAUAUGUAUAUAUAUAUAUAUAUAUAUAUAUAUAUUAUAUAUAUAUAUAUAUAUAUAUAUAUAUAUAUAUAUAUAUAUAUAUUAUAUAUAUAUAUAUAUAACUAUUUUAUUUAUAUUAUAAUUUCAAUAAAUUUAAUAUCGAGCUGUUCGAUUGUUUCAUCAUCGAAACUUUCUUAGUCUAGUAGGCUAAGCUUCUUGUAGGAAUCAGCUUGUAAAGGCAUGCCAACUAUCAUCAGCUCUUAUAACUUUUGAACGAAAGAAGAUACAAACAUACAGAUUGGUCUUUAAAAAAAAAAGAACAAAAGAACUUCACUCGUGGCUGCAACUGUUUAGUUUACAUUCACCGAAUGUACGGAAGAUUAACGGCUAGGGGGCCUUAAGGAUCUGUGACUAUCCUCCUGCCAGACCACAUCCCAGCGUUGUAAGCAGGCGCUAACGCAAACUUGGGAGGCAAAAAUCAAACACUUAUGGCUGCAGAGGGUUAGUCCCUCCCAUGAUUCUGCUACACCUUUGUUCAUAUCAUCCCUUUAACUGGCUAGUUUAACACAAAACAUAAUAUGUAACUAUUAAUUUUAUUUUAACUUUCAGGACACGACGUUGAUGCCCAGGCACCUGAAGUGGUUGUCUUUGGAAGAUCCCAAGAGCGUGGUAGUGAUGGAACACCUGGGGGAACUUCGCAUAAUAGAGGACCUGGAGGGUCUGUUGGACAAGAGGUUGGCGGGAGCCCCGGGACUCCUGGGACAGAUGGUUUAACCGGGGCACAUUAUUUUUCUGACGGCGCCGCGGCUGAAGGAACGCCGGGGACUUCUGGGAGGAAUGGGAUACCAGGAAUUCCUGGGGCACCAGGUGUGGCUGUGGCUGUUAGUGGACCUGAGCGAAAUGUGGUGCCUGCGGCAAAAGGAGGAUCCCGCGGUGGGGGAGUUGGAGG